CUACCCAUUCAGAACGAUCAAGAAACCCGGCUCGCUGUAAUGGGUCUUGUACAAGAUGCAUCAUUCGAUGGGUUCAGUGGCGCAGACCUUGCUGCACUUGUCAGGGAAGCAGGUGUCAUCGCUUUACGGAGGACAAUAAAGAGUUGGGGAAGCUCAAUACAAGGGCAGACAGUCACACCGAGUGAUACCAAGGUCACGGUUGAGUUUAAAGAUUUCGAAUCGGCUUCGACCAAGGUCGGACCAAGUGUUUCCAGGGCGCAACGCAAGAAAUACGAAAAUCUCAGGACGAAAUUUGCUGGUGCCGUUCCGAUCGUCGAGCUGAAACCUGCAAUGUUCAAUAACCUACCAAAUCUGACAAUCCAGAUGAGUAUCCAGAAACCAGGUGAUGCGAAUACCCCGGCAGCACUCCAGUCACAGCAGAUACCGUAUUCCAUCACCUUCAAGGGUAAAUACGACGCUUCACAAGCCUCCAAUGUGACGUCUACGCCAUUCGACGGGCAAUCAUCAGAAUCAGUCACAGUGGUUAACAACUUUACCAAACAAGGUCUCACAAAAGGACAAACCGCUGCUGCCGUCCUGAUGCCAAUCCUCUUUGUAGCCGCCUGUAUUGCCGGCUACGUCUUUUGGUCCAGGAAGAAGGAAGCUAGCAGGCGCAAGGAGUACAGGGAGAACCUCGAUCAGCGCAUGUCUAUCGCUCCUGGAGCGGAUUGGGCUCCCAUUUCCGCUGCUGGUGCCGCCGCUGCCAUCCGCCACUCUAUGGCGGGGGAUCGCAACACUCGCGCUAGUAGCUUCUUUGGCCGUCAAUCUUCUGUUUACCCCGACCCUCCUCAGGAAAUGCGCCAGACCAACCGUGGCCGCAACCCCUCGACGGAACAAUCCAGGACUUCCCGCAUCUCGUUUGCUGAUACUACUGUGGAUCGCUCUGCUGAUCGACCUGCCGUGCCACCACUUCCUGCUGCCUAUCGCAAGUCUGCUUACACCAACGAGGAUGAGGACUCUAGCCCCGUUCACCAGACUUUGAGCCCCACCCAGCGUCAAGGCGCCUUUGCCCUCGAUGAUGAUAGUAUCCGUGAUCGACUUAGUGGUGCCAGCACAAACAAUGCUCGUGCAAGUGUAGCGGAUGCAUUGGGAAAUGAUGAUACUCUUCCUGCUCUUGCCAUGAUGAGGGCCAAUGAGUCACCGGCCCCUCCUGCCCCCGUCUUGACACGUGAAUCGACUGCUGGCGACUACCGUACCUACUCAAUCGGGGCAUACUCAGGAAACACUGAUAGCAUCGCAACUGAUGCAAGCCCAUCGUAUUUCAACCCGCCAACUAACGCCUCUAAUCCCGAUGAUGCUCUUCGUGACUAUGCCUCUCGUACUCCACAAAUGGUACCGGUCACUACCACCGCUUCACCUUUCUCUGGAUUCGCUGCUGGUCCUGGUCUCGCUGCUGCAGCUGGAUUCGAUAUGUCUCCGGACGCAGUGUUCCGCGCAUAUGCUGCCACCCGUCCCAGUGCUCCUCCAACCACGGUAGCCCCAGGGACUCCUACCACCAUGAGGGCAUUGUACAACCCGACAAUGACUCAGGGACUUGGGCUGCGACAGAGAGCUGAUACCCUAAGCUCCAUGUAUGGCAACAACAAUCCUUACCGCGCUUCCAUGGCCCCCAGUAGCGCCAGCGACGAUCUGGUUGGAAAGGCGCAAUAA